UGCCGGGUGACUCAGCGGCAGCGGCGGCCCGGUGACCCCCCUCCCGGCGGCGGCGCCUUGCCGCGGCUCUGCCCCCUCCCUCCCGGUAGGAUCAUCCCACCCCGCCGGGCGGUCACCUCAGCAGGAGGAGCCGCCGCUUAGCCUCCGCUCCGCUCCCGCAGCGACCUGACGGCAGUGAGCCUCGCCUCGCCUCGCCAUGCAAGCAGGGAAGGCAGCCGGGAGCCGGGACGCCGGCCGGCCCCUGCAGGCCACCAUGAAGAGGGGCUACGACGUGCUCCGCGACCCCCACCUCAACAAGGGCAUGGCUUUUACCUUGGAGGAGAGGCAACAGUUGAAUAUUCAUGGAUUAUUGCCACCUUGCUUUGUUAGUCAAGAUGCCCAGGUUUAUAGUAUUCUGAAGAAUUUUGAAAGGCUGACAUCUGACCUAGACAGAUAUAUUCUACUAAUGAGUCUUCAGGAUCGAAAUGAAAAGCUUUUCUAUAAAGUGCUGACUUCUGACAUUGAAAGGUUCAUGCCUAUUGUUUAUACUCCCACUGUGGGACUGGCUUGCCAACAAUAUGGUUUAGCAUUUCGGAGGCCAAGAGGUCUUUUUAUUACUAUCCAUGACCGGGGACACAUCGCUACAAUGCUUAAAUCCUGGCCAGAAAAUAUUAUCAAGGCUAUUGUGGUGACAGACGGAGAACGUAUUCUUGGUCUUGGAGACCUUGGCUGUUAUGGAAUGGGCAUUCCAGUUGGUAAACUGGCACUUUAUACGGCAUGCGGAGGAGUAAAACCUCACGAGUGUCUACCAGUGAUGUUGGAUGUGGGAACAGAUAAUGAGGCAUUGCUGAAAGAUCCUUUGUAUAUUGGGCUGAGACACAAGAGAAUCAGAGGUCAAGCCUAUGAUGAUCUUCUUGAUGAAUUCAUGGAAGCUGUGACUUCAAGGUAUGGCAUGAACUGCCUCAUUCAAUUUGAGGAUUUUGCUAAUGCUAAUGCAUUCCGCCUCCUGCAUAAGUACCGUAACAAGUAUUGUACUUUCAAUGAUGACAUUCAAGGAACUGCAUCUGUGGCUGUUGCAGGUCUUCUUGCAGCUCUGCGUAUCACCAAGAACAGGUUAUCAGAUCACACAGUGUUGUUCCAGGGAGCUGGAGAGGCUGCACUGGGAAUAGCAAACCUCAUUGUUAUGGCUAUGGAAAAAGAAGGGGUAUCUAAAGAUACAGCUAUCAAAAGGAUAUGGAUGGUUGACUCAAAGGGAUUAAUAGUAAAGGGGCGUGCCUCGCUAACAUCUGAGAAACAACGUUUUGCCCAUGAACAUGGUGAAAUGAAAAAUCUGGAAGAUAUUGUUAAAGAUAUAAAACCGUCUGUGCUAAUAGGAGUUGCUGCAAUUGGUGGUGCUUUUACUCAACAAAUUCUUCAGGAUAUGGCUGCUUUAAACAAACGUCCUAUUAUUUUUGCUCUCAGCAAUCCUACCAGCAAAGCAGAAUGCACUGCUGAACAGUGCUACAAAUAUACAGAGGGACGUGGCAUUUUUGCCAGUGGAAGUCCUUUUGAUCCUGUCACUCUUCCAAGCGGACAAACGCUCUAUCCUGGACAGGGUAACAAUUCCUAUGUGUUCCCGGGAGUUGCCCUUGGCGUUAUUUCAUGUGGACUGAAACAUAUUGGCGAGGACGUGUUCCUCACAACUGCUGAGGUAAUAGCUCAGCAAGUUUCAGAGGAGAAUUUACAGGAAGGUCGUCUGUACCCUCCGUUAGUCACUAUUCAGCACGUGUCACUGAAAAUUGCUGUGAGGAUCGCAGAAGAAGCCUACAGGAAUAACACUGCCUCCACCUAUCCUCAGCCCAAGGACCUAGAAGCCUUCAUCCGCUCUCAGGUUUACAGUACUGAUUAUAGCAGCUUUGUGGCUGACUCCUAUACCUGGCCUGAAGAAGCCAUGAAAGUGAAAUUGUAAAUAUUUAAUGAAGAAUGAACAAACUAGCUGCAGUUAAAAAGCAUUAAAAUAUUCAGAACAUUCUAGGAAACCUAAGAAUAACUAAUUUUUUAAGAUGCAGAAAACUUUUUCUAAAUUGUAAUAUUUGGUUAGAAACUCAGAUCAAGAAAUCAUAUUAAUUAUACAUCAGAAAAUAAAAAUUAAUCUGAGAAAUA